CUGCUAUAUGGAUUCUCUAGCAGAUGACAAUUUUUAUUUAGACAAAGUGUGGAUACAGUGUGAAAACAGCAGUUGUUUAAAAUGGAGACUGUUAUCAAGGGAUGAUGCAGCACAUGUUGAUCCCAGUGCACAUUGGUAUUGUUAUAUGAAUGCUGAUCCAUGGUUUAAUAAAUGCUCUGAUUCUGAAGAAUGUUUUCCUGAGGCCUCUCAGUUUCGAAAACACGGAUUAAAGUAUGUUUAUUCAAAGCUUCCUUUAGGGAGUUUAGUUUUGGUGAAAAUGCAUGGGUGGCCACGGUGGCCUGGCAUUCUUUGUCCCGAUCCUGAUACUGGGCAAUAUGUGGUAUAUGAUUCAGAUGGAAAUGCUGAAAGUCAUCAUGUAGAAUUUCUGGGGAAACCCCAUUCCAGGGGAUGGGCUGCCAUAAGCUACAUAGACCAAUUUCCUAGCUCAUUUAAGCCUGACACAUGUAAGAGGGGAAAAAACUGGUUUGAAAGUGCAUUGGAAGAAGGCAUCAAAUCGCUUGCCUGUUCUGCUCAGGAAAGGCUCAAAAUGUGCUACUUAUCAAAAAAAGGUUCAGUUAAGAACAAAGAAGGUGAAACUGGUACAAUAUUGUGCAGCAAGACAGUGAAAGCUUGGACAAAAACUUGUAAUAAGAAAAGUAGCUCCAGAGUUGGAAGAAAGAGAAAGGAAAAAAUAAUGUGUUCUUUGGAAACUGCAGAAUCAGAAGAUAUUCUGUCAGCAGAAAAUCUAGUUGUCUCCGAGACAGAAAUUAUACUAAAAGAUUUGGACCAAAUUCUUGAGCAUGUUGCAGCCUCCUCCAAGCCAGCUUUUGAAUCAUUUGUGGAUAGAGAGGAUAAUAAUGUGAAGGAAGAGGUAGCUAACUGCUGUAUGGAGUUUACUGAAAAGGGGCCAAUGGAAAUCAAUACCCAAGAGGACUGUAUUAUAAUUGAUGGGAAAGCUUUCAAGGCUGGAGAGUGCAUUGAGAGCAUAACAGACAGGUUUAAGGAAAUAGAUUCUUUAAUGGCUGAAUUCCAAGACAGCUUGUAG